AAGAGCGCUCCGACGCGAAGGACGUGGGAAAGAUCGAUUCGCCGGCGCGGCGCGGUCUCUCCAUUUCAUUUCUGCGACGAUUGUUAUAAAGACAACCGGGGAGCACGCAAAAACGGACCCCCGAAAAACCGGCUCCGAAAAUCGCGCCGCUCAGACACAGACGCGCCGAAACUCGUCCUUGGAACGAGUCACGCGAAAUGCCAACGAGAAGGAAUCUAUCUGUCACGUGCGGUUCCAACUAUCGGAGCAAUGUGAACGUAUCAUGAAUCAGUGGUGAUCCAGAGAGGAUCGAGACUCUUAAAUAUAAACUGUAAUCGUACGUCUGUGAUGACCGAUCGCGGCGACGAGUUUGAGUGGUCCAGUAUCGAUUAAUCAUGUCAAAAUUCGCGAUGAACGCUAUUGAUAAGGAUCGCGAAUAGCACACUCGAGACGACUCGGUCCCUCAACUACUCCACAUUUUUCUGCUCUUAAAAGAAUCGUCUGUGCCGAUCAACCGAUCGUCGUUGCGAUCGGUCUCUCGUCACCCCUCGGAUCGAUGCAAAUCUUCGUCGGGGGUCGUCGAACUCGAUAUUAACGACGACGAGGUGACCUUGAAAGUACGUCUGAAAAUCGAGAGUUCUCGCGAAAACGCGCGCGCGCGCGCGCGACAAGGACGGUAUGUGCCAUUUUCGAGGACCGAUGCAGGGAGGUGAACGAUCCUCGGAGAGUUUCGCAGACCGGUAAUGGGAUAUCAGAGGUGACGGCAAGAUGAACGGUCACGGCUCCACCAAUGAGGGCGCGCGGUUUCGAGACACCUCGCAGCAAAUUCAUAAACAAUGGCAAGCCGAUCCAGCGAGGGCAUUUCCGACUGUCGGCAGUGUCUCCACAAAUUCGCCCUCUCCAGCAUCAGGAGAACUCUCCACGCCAAAUUCGACUCCUAGCCCUAGCCCUAGUCCGACUAAUCAGCAAGUCACGCACAAUGGUGGUUACGAAUCACAAUCGAAAAAUGUCAACAACAUCGGAAGAAGCAAGCAUCAUGUGCAGACGUCAGCGAUGGCGUCAACGCCUGCGAGGACACCGGGCGUCGGCGCGGAUUCGACGAUGACGGGACCGGGAAAGGGCGGAGGUCGCGUGACGGAGGUAAUGGAGCUCUGUUACGUCACCGAAAGGAUCAUCGCUCUUUGGUAUAGGGAGGAUGCGCAGGGUGUCCUCGAACAUGCCACGACCCUUUUGCGCGGAAAACACGCCGAUAAUUACAUGAUCUUUAAUUUAUCGUCACCUGGUCGACCCGGUGAGCCGAAUACGAGGGAAGCUGGAUGGCCGCAGGGAUUAGCACCAAGUUUGGAGAGACUGUGCGCCCUUUGCAAGGAGCUGGACUCUUGGUUAAACGGCGCUUCUAAUCGCGUCGUUGUUCUGCAUACCAGAGGCAGCAAGGAACGGCUGGGUGUGGCAGUGUCCGCUUAUAUGAACUACAGCAGCAUCUGCGGGGGACGCGAUCAAGCGCUGGACAGGUUUGCCAUGAGAAGGUUCCUCGAUGACAAGAUUGGAUCGUUGCAGGUUCCGUCGCACCGAAGAUACAUCGAGUAUUUCAGUGGAUUGCUAUCGGGCUCCCUGAGGAUCAGCCAAUCGCCAUUGUAUUUGACCCACCUGACAGUUCUCGGAGUGCCGCUCUUUGAACCGACGGGCUGUCGAGCCUUCCUCAAAGUAUACGAAGGACUAACACCGGUAUACACUUCGGAUCUGUAUUCGGUGACAAAUGCGCGCGAGUUCACAGUUAAUCUAGGCGGACUUCGACUAAGGGGUGACAUUUUAGUCAAGUGCUAUCACAGGGUAUACUCGAAGCAGACUCGAGAGGUCAUGUUUUCCCUCCAGUUUCACACGUGCGUAAUUACGGAGAACGUCGUGUCCUUCCCGCGAUCGGAGCUCGACGUCGCCUGCGACGAUCCCCGAUGCCCGCCCGACAGUGUGGUAACACUCUACUUUGCUACCGACGCGAAACGCCAGGAUGGUCCAGUGCCGGCCCCGACGCCGGCUGUGCCGCAUGCAUCGGCGCAUCACGAUCCCAUCUUGCACUGGGACAGCUACACGAAUCUCGAGAUCAGCGACGACGAAGGUCGUGAGACCCCGCUGUCACCGCCGCCCCCCUCGAGUUCUUCGGUUCAGACUUCACCUCGUGGCUUGGGUUACACGUGUGGUCCCAUAGAUGGAUCGUUGUACGCUGUGGUACAUCAGGGUGGUGCAGGAGGCGCCCGCGGCUCACCAUUGACGGUUUCCAUGGACAGUGGCAUAAGUAGUGCACCACCGCAAAAACCCAGUCCACCAGAACCCGAGCCGGAUAAUCAAGCUCACGGAGAUCUCGACAAGCUUCUUCAUGAUAUGAUGCUCACCGUCGAGUCUAUGCCAGAUCCACCGACAGAUGACUACAACCGUGAUCGAAGCGAGAAAAUGUACAUUCAAGAAACGCGCAGCUAUAGCAGUCACGGUAGCAGCCAUCCAACGUCUACUUAUUCCACUUUAAAGGACUCCUACAGAAGCUACGGCAAGGAAUCCAGUCCGCCCUACAAUUCCAGUAGCAGCUAUAGCACUUUGAAGAACAGUAUCGAGCAUCGGAAGGACGAUUUUGAGUAUCGCGUAUCUCCGGACCGCAAGAUAACCGAGUCAUCCAACGACUCUUAUAGGAAGCACGCGGAUUCUUUCUCGCCGCCUGGCAAUAUCGACUUCAUCGACGAGGAUAUCCCGUAUCACGCUAGACAGACCAGUCAGCCAUUCUCGUACGGUGCCACCACCGACAUGAUCAAGCAUCAGAAACUGUCAUCGCCUUCGUUAGUGAGGAAAGCGUCUGUGCGCGGCGUGGCGCCCGUCGUGGAUUUCGAGGACAUUCUUGGCGAGAAUUCCAGGAGACCCGUCAGCCCUCUAAGUCCUAAUACUCCGGAUCCGCCGCCGGAAUUCGCGAAUGGACCCGUGAAAAGUGGAACCGAUCACAUCGAUGGAUUAUCGUGGCUAAGGCAACAACAGUUGAAACUAGCCGCUAGGAGAGAUGAAAGGAAUCCUGGCCGACUUUGGCGACAAGAGACCGGAAAUCGUGUCAUCGGCGAACUUAGGAGCUUGCAAAGGGGAAUAUUGAGACACGAUGGUUACGCGAGCGACUCGGCGGUUCUCGACGACGAUGAUGAUACGUGGAUAGCGAGUUCCACUUCUGGACAGCCGUCCUCGAAAGCUGUUCCGUACACCUCCGCACCAGCUAGUCCUCUACUUCCGCAGAGAUCGAGCAGCCGGAAAUAUAACGGUAAUGCCGGAAACGGUGUUCUCGGCAGACCGCGAGCGGAGAGUAUGAACGAACGACCGUUCGUCUCCGUAAAGCGCGCCUAUGAAUAUCGCAAGUACAGCGACAGUCAGAGCCCUCCGACAUCCCCUCGCUCAGCCUUAGCGACCGCGCCACCCUUAGGGUUAGCGAGCCAGCAAUCGAGCUCCAACAACGCGGAGAGAUCGCAACAGCAUCAGCAACAACCUCCGCCGCCGCCGCGACCGGAAUCGCGCAGCGAUAGUUUCGCAAGAGCGGAUGCCUUGUUGCGCGAGCAUCGUCACCACCAGCUGCAAUCCGGCAUCAACAAUAGCCACGAUCAUAUCGAGCGAAAGCAAACGAUCGCGACUCAGGAAUACGCGACAUCAAGUCGAAGCGCGCGUCCUGAAUCGCGGAAUCGCGUUGCUUAUCAGAGUGUCGGGAGUUACAGUUCGGCCAGCAGCGGCGACCAGGUGGACGGCGGAUUACUGACGAUGGUCGAUCAACCUGAUCCUCUCGUGAGCCUCAUUCAAUCACUAGCCGAAAUCUCACCGAUUCGCACGACUCCGAGCACGCCUAAAAUCGAAAACGAACAUCCUGCUGACAGCCACAUAAUCUCAACCGCUACUACAAUGCCUACCAAUGUACCUAGCAAUGUCACUAAUUGCUCCCCUAAUCAGUCGCCAAAAGCAUGGCAGAAUUGCAUUCAGCCACACAAUGACUCGACGUCAUCGUGGACCGAGAGAAGCGUCAGUCCUGGAAGCGCGGUCAUCAGCGGCGCCUCGCGACCGCAGACGCCGGCAUUUCCGGUCCAUCCGCGAACGCCAUACGUCAAUAACGCAUCACCAACAGUGACAUUCGCCAGUGAUCGCACUUACAUGACGUCCAACAACAGUUACAAUGUUAGCAAUAAUAACAAUAAUGUUAGCAACGAGGCUGGCGGUAAUAAUAACAAUAACGUCGAAAGCUACGGCGCCGAACGAACGAUAUAUAUCGAAGAACGAAGAGAAGCCUUGAAGGAGACGGGGCUUCCACCCAAGAGUCCGACAACACAGCGACGCUUGAGUUUUCCGGCAAGCGGGCCGCUUAAACAAAUGCAUAACAAACGAUGGCCGCUCACUAAUCAAUCGGCGUCGUUCGACUAUAGCAAGGACCGACCUGUUUCUCCGCUAAGCGAAUCGGCGAUGUCGCAGCCGCAGGCUGUUUCGCGCAGUCCUGGAACACCGACCCAUGUAGAAUUCGCCCAAAGCCCCAAAAGUGCUACGUCAUAUACUUCGAUCAAUAGUGGUGGUCAAUCUUCACCGCAGGUUCAAUAUUAUGGUUCAAGACGCUCCAGCAUUCAUUCGAACACCGAACCCCAGGAGGUGGCCGAUGCUAAUGUGAAAUUUGUACGCGAUACCAGCAGAAUCUGGUACAAACCCAAUAUAUCGCGGGAGCAAGCAAUUUCGAUGCUGAAAGACGCGACACCCGGCACAUUUGUGGUACGAGACAGCAACUCAUUCCCAGGUGCCUUCGGGCUAGCAUUAAAAGUGGCAACGCCACCCCCUGGAGCUCCCAGCAGCCCGCGAGAUCCUUCGAGCGAGCUCGUCAGACAUUUCCUGAUCGAGCCAACAUCACGUGGCGUUAGACUAAAGGGAUGCGCAAACGAACCGGUCUUUAGCUCGCUCUCAGCAUUGGUUUACCAGCAUAGUCUAAUGGCCAUGGCGCUACCUUGUCAACUGUUGCUACCUGAACCGGAAGCAGCCGCUAGAGCUUUAGAUUCACCUGGUACUAAUAGUACUCAGCAGCUUCUUGCUCAAGGAGCAGCUUGUAAUGUUCUGUACCUCUUUACAAUUGAUACGGAAUCUUUGACUGGACCGCAGGCCAUUAAAAAAGCUAUCACCAACCUGUUUGAGCAGAAGCCGCUACCGAUUGCCACGAUUGUUCAUUUUAAAGUUUCCACGCAAGGCAUUACUUUGACUGACAAUGCGAGAAAGAUAUUUUUCCGUAGACAUUAUCCAACAAAUAACAUAAGUUAUUGCGGACUAGACACCGAGGAACGCACGUGGGAGUUUGCCAGCGAAGAUACGGGAAGAUCACUUAGCGCCCAUCGCUGCUUCGGCUUUGUGGCGAGAAAGCCUGCUCACAAAUCGGACAAUCAGUGCCAUGUAUUUGCCGAACUGGAACCAGAGCAACCGGCCACGGCUAUUGUAAAUUUCGUGAAUAAGGUCAUGAUGGGAAGCUCCAUCGUCAAGGCCAAUAUCGUCUAAGAAUCGCUACUCGCUCGCCACAAUCGCCAAGGUCAACAAAGGCACAAACAUUACUGCGAGUUUAUUAACGAUUCCACCUUGAAGGUUUCGCAUCGACUACAUAUCUCUAGCGAAAAUAAAAAUGCAAAAUCGAAUUGAGAGUAAAACGACCAUAAGGUCGAGAAUGAAUAAUCGAUGUAAUCGAUUGAUAAAAUCAUUAUGCGACUGACACGCAAAGGAUACACGCAAAUCUUUUAAAAGAAUCCACCGGAAAUGGCACUGCACGAAUUAAUUAUUAUCCUUAACUGACUAAUAAAUCUUCGUGCAUUUCGUAACGUUAAAUGAGUAGAGCAUCCCUGUUACAAACAACAAGGACGAUACAAAUAUCGAUAAAACGCCGGGGAAAAGUCGAGGAUCCCUCUCUUCAAAAGAAAACGAGAAGAACGAGAGGCUAUGCGUGAAUCGAUUCCAUCCUCGCGUCAAUAUGCAGUCAAGAUAAGAAAGUUAUUGUUAUGAUUAUCGUUAUUGUUGCGAUUUAACGUAGCGAAUAGUAGAGUCCUAUAUAAUAGGUGGUCUAAAGAGAGUAAGGUGGUCAAAUGACAGUGUUGAUAUUUAUGGGUAUAUGUUCAAUUUUUAUAAAUUAUUAAAAUCUUGACCAUUCUCUGUAAUGUUUUUUAAAAUAUAUAAGAAAUAUUAUAAUUACAAUAUUUAGCUUAUAUUACUUAUUAUUUAGUAAUUAUCAAACUACUGUGUGCAAAUUUUAAAUUAUAUUUUUGCAAAAUAUAUUUAUCCAUAUAUACCUCUCUCAAUAUUUAAAAAAAAAAUUCUUUUUUCUUUUUUGCGAAAUUGCUGAGUUCGUGAUUUCGCCACCUUCUCCCGCCUAAAAUACGAUCGAUUAGCCAUCAACACGCGAAUUUAUCGAUAGCUCGUAGUCAUAGUUGAAGAGAAUCAACCGUGCCCUUCGCGCGAUCUACGAAGGGUAUCGAGCAUUCGAAACGAGCGUAUCUCGCGAGACAUUGAAUGCGCCUUCGGUUUCAAAAACUAUUUACGCACUGUGCACAUACACUUACGCAUCGUUACGCAUACUACAUACACAUAACACUAUCACACGAAAGAUAAUGAAAUGCUCGCGCAUUUACUAUGCAAGAUGGAUUCCAAGCAAUAUUAUCUAUAUGAUUUAGUAUUUAAAAAACUUUCCAAUUCUCUUCGCCUGUGUUCGAAAAGAUCCGUCAUGACAGAAUUAAUUUAUUUUAGAUUAAUAAACAAGUUUUAUAUAUAUAAGAAGGAGAACAAAAUUUUAAGUUCUUCUUGAUU